UACUGCUUGUGAAUUCAUUUGUGGGAAUUAUAGUUAAUGGUACAUAACUGGGUCAUCACAUGUUUAGGGGUAACGUGUAACAAGCCGGGAUGCAGGCUGGGGUCAUUGGAGGCGUCUGCCUCCUUGCCUUCCUGUUAUCUAAAGGCAGAGCUCAAGAAACAAAUGGUUUAAACGACUAUAAAAUUGAAACUCCCAGUGAUCUCAAAAAUGAAUUAGACUUAGCUGUAACUGAAUCUAACUUGGACGAUAAUGAAGGGAGAUCGGGAGCAAUAUCACAGAGUGCUUCUCGUAAUGUUGGAGGAUCCAGUUUGUCACAAGCAGAAGCUCGAGACAAUAGUGAUAGUGGCUUGUACAACCCGGGAGCUAACUCGUAUCCAUACUCACCACCCUACUCCUACAGUUCUGGAGUUAAUUCACUCCGACCGCAAGCUGAAGCUGGUAAUGGAUUAUAUCAACGUGCAUUUAAACCUUCGCCUAAUUUUAAUUACCAACAAGGCAAAAGUUCUGCAACCCCAACUAAUGUUGAACUUUCCUUCAAUCAACAUCUACGUGAACCCAAUCCUAUGCUUAUCCCUAGAUACGAUCCAUCUAAGGAUCUACUGUCUGAUUUAUCUUCAACUUACCAACAGAACCCAGAUACAAAUUCAGGUGGUUUCACAAAGCUAUUUCAGUCUAUUAAAAAGCCAUAUAAGCCUGCACAGAUACCAAAAAUCCCAUUUCACUUUUUUGGGCGCAACGAUUUCAGCACUUCCCAAACACAAAAUGACAACGAAGCAUAUGAACCUGUACCUUUGGUAAAACCAAAAGACAAUUAUUACACAGUGCCGUAUCGUGAAGGUCUUAAUUCAGAAUUAAACAUUAUUGCCCAUCGCUCCCAAGCUUUUAAUACUGAUUCAGGUCAAGUAGAAAAUGACAAUAAUCCAUAUCGAGCAAUUUCAAUACUGGAUUCAAAUCCUGCGUCAAUUGAUUCUUUGUUAGUUCCAUAUAGAGAGCCUUCUCACCCUCAGCCAAAAUCUAUAAAUUAUGCAUAUCAGUCCUUCGGAAUACCAACUUCCAGUCAACAACAAGAAGAUUAUGUUCCUAACCCCGAUAGAGGGGAACCUUACAACGCUGACACUGUGCACAUGGCAUACAAUGAUGGUUACAGUUUCUCUCAAAGACAAACGGCUGAUGAAUUGUAUCCACCCGUUCUUAGAAUGGAUCCCAAUGAAGAUGCUACUGAGCCUUCUCAAUCUAUCUCAAGAUCUGAGCUUGAUCUUGCGUCUAACGGACACUCUUCAAACACAAAUACUAAAGUACAUGUUCAUAAUGACGUAUCUGAUUACACGUCUGCUUCUCAGUCCUCGAACGCAUACAAUACACUCAAAAAUCGUGGAUUUAACACAGCCAUAGACAACGAUUUGGCGGCAGACCUCAAAUCAAAGAGUGACUGGACUCCAUACGAGUAUGAUCCUCCCAGUGUUCCAACUCCUCAGUUAUAUCCUUUAGGAGCAGAUAAACAAGGACAAGCUGACUCGAGACCCGCUGGUGGUGGUGUGAUAAAUCCAUAUAGUCUGGGUCCGUAUGAUUAUCCAUCCGAGUCACCUUUUCGCCCAGGUUUCAACAAGGCAACAUAUGAAGGUCCUUCCGGUACAUAUAUCACUUACCAAAGUUCAGCGAUCGCAUUCGAGGAUGCAAAGUCCAGAACGAUACUGCCGCACGAAUAUAUAUUCCCAAAUAAAAUGCCAGGGGGUGAAAAUGUAAUUCAGUGUACAAAAGAAAACGAGUUUCAUCAUUUCUGGGCGGAAGGCGUCGAUUGUAUGACCUGCAUUUGUGUGAACGAGUACGGAGUCUUGACGCCCAUCUGUGCGAGUUGUGGUGGAUGCCGUAAACCUUCCCCACAAUAUCCGGAACGCAUCCCAGACCUACCAGUACCCAUUCCAGUCCAACCUGCAACUCCUGAGUCUAUCCCGAUGAUUCCAGAACCAUUUUCACCGGAGCCAGACAGGCCUAUCCCAGAACCAAAUUUGGAAAUUCCCACUCCAGAGCCAUAUCCCAAGUAUCCAGCCCCUAUCCCAGGCCCUUCACACCUUCCAGACAGUUAUCCAGAGCCGAUCCCAACACUGCCGCCACAACCGGCUGAAGCAUCGUGCAGUCCUCUGCCCAGUGGACAACCGUUUACAAAUCCACUGCACCCGUGCCAGAUAUGUACAUGCAGAGAAUCUGACGUGUCUGGCAAUGUAGACGUCCAGAUCGAAUGCAAAGAGAAUCCUCAGUGUAUAUCACCGGUCGACUUGACUACAUUACCUCCACUGCCUGAAGCCCCAGUACCAAUACCACUGCCUAUUUGUGAGAAGUUCCCUGAACACGUGCUGUUCCCUCACCCCACGGACUCGUGCAAGCUGUGCAAGUGCUCCAAGAGGGACUCCGAAAACGGCAUUCCUGAGCAAGUACUUACUUGCUACCCCCAUCCUGACUGCAUACCUACAGCGGAACCAAUCACAGAGCCAGUCCCUUCCCUUCCUAAUAGGUUGAAGCCAAUUCCUGGAUCAGAGCUGAUACCAGCAGAACCUAUGAAAGGGCAAAUCGAGCCAGUAGAACCUGUUCCAUUACCAGAGAUCGUUACGGUAGAACCCUUACCGUGGCCUCCUAUAACGACAGUGUCGCCAGGACCUCCACUGCCGAUGCUGGUUCCACCGCCUGGCCCGCUUCCAGGUCCAUCGCCACACGAAUCCUGCCGGCCAUAUCCACCGAACCAAACGUUCCAGCAUCCCUGGGAUGAAUGCCAGAUCUGUUUGUGCACCGAAGCCACCGCGGUAGGCAUGGUCACCGUGGAAGUCAACUGCUACACCAAACCAGUGUGCUGCAUUGAACCACCAGAUGCUGUGAAAGCUGCUAUUUCAGGUAAACUAACUCUAUGUUCAGAUUAAAAUCGUCAGUUCGAGAUCCCCUUCCAAAGUUUAGCGCGCGGUGGCCAGUUGAAAAGUUGGCAAAUGCGUGAUAACCGUCGAUUUUAUGCCAUCGUUUGCUAGCUCGUUUGCACCCGGCGUGAGGGGCCGACAAAGGGUGACAGAGGGAGAAAUAAAAAACUCGUAUCAACUGGAACAUUAAAAGCAAACAAAUAAAGUAAAAAUUUACGAGCGGCUGCGACACGCCGUCAUAAUUGCAGAUACAGGUGACGUUAAAAAAAUGGAGCUGGACACACGGGUAUGGAUUGGUAUAGUGUCCAGUCAAAUAAUUAUUAUAUAUCAAAAGAAUUAAUGGAUUCAACAGUAAAGUUUUAUUACUAUAGUUUCAAAUUAAAAUAUACGUUCAUACAGUUAUGUUACAGUAAUCAAUACAAAAUCUGAUGCGCAGUACUUAAGUUAAACGUUUCCCUAAAUACAUUUAUUACGGAGAAAGCAAAGGUUUACCCAAAAAUUAGGCAAAGCGCCUCUACCCUUGGCAGUUUGAUAGCAGAUAACAAAACAAACAAUGGUACAUAAAUCAAUCGUCCUCCGAGAUAGCGGUCCCUAAUUAGUGGGAGAGCAUUGAGGAAAACCAAUACGGUGAAUCGUUUUGGAAACGCAAUAAGGACGAGGUCGAAACGAGCGAUGAGCGCCAAUCGAGCAAACUGACGCGCUAUAGAUUGGCCCUCAAGUGUAUUGACACCUCGAUGUCCAUUUACUGAAGCCACUCACCCCUGAACGUGAUAGCGUGAGGGUAAUUGUGUUUCCCAUUCAGGUGCCACUCCUGUUAUCACUGUUUUAUUGGUCCACGUUAAAUUCGUUUUAUGCUUGAUGAUUUUUGGGACAUCAACGUUUAUACGUACUCAGGAACUGCUUCAAUUUUAUUUCACGGGUGUACAGCAGUUACCACAAUCCACAGUAUAUUUGUUGAAUGAAAAGCACAUGCAUAAAGUUAAUAAAAGAAAUGACAUUAUACAUAUUUUUGUAUGUUUUAGGCUACCCCAGGCAGUAUCCAGUAGUUUCUCUCGACACUCAAAGUUUAUCCAACGGGCUUCAGUCAGCUGUAAUCACCAGUACUUUUAGACCACCAUCGAUUUAUCCGUCUUAUACUCCAAGAACCGUGAGUUAUCCUGGGACCAACCAAGGCAGUGCGGCGGACGGUCUGAAGCAAGGAUACUCCAUACAGUCGUAUCCUAUACUACAGACGGAUACUGUCUACGGCGAACCAUCACCUAACUAUCCGUACCAACGGAACUACCAGCCUCCAUUUGUGAACCAAGAAUAUCCGGAGUAUCCUCCAAGAAUACCAUCAGGGUCGUAUAAGUCCAAUAAAUUCGCGUAUCCACCAAACUACCAAUACGCACCAGGUGAUGCAAUGGAAAAUAAUUACCCAGGACUUCAGGGGCAUUACCCAUCAUAUGACCCGAGGUUCCAGACAGCACCCAGCGCAUAUCCAGCUCCUACGCUAUACCAGAGGCCUGGCUACGACAGAUAUCCACCUGCACCAAGCAGAGAUAUAUAUGGAAAUCCUAACCAGAAGCAGAUUGGAACAAACGUUCAAAGCGUACAAUCAAAUUAUUUGAGCAAUGCAGCAAGAACGAAAUCUGGUAAAGAUGACGACGAACCAGAUGACUCGUAGAAUACAAGAUAUUUCUCUACAUUUAAUGUGAUAUUAUUUAGUUAAGGAAGACGACACGGCUCGACAAUGGCUCCACGAGUAGUUUUAUAAGUGUGCACAGCAAAAGAUGUUUUAAAUCAUAUUUAUUAAAUGGCAAAACAUCGUA